AUGUCUUCUGCACACUCAGCGCCAUCCGCGCAAGAAGCGGCCAAGCUACCACCACCCCUCCAAGAGGACGACGAGAACGCAGACAGCGAAAGAAACUUCCAGCCCAAGUCCCUCAAGUUCUGGGUGAUCAUAGGAGCCAUAUAUGCAGCCAUCUUCCUCGUUGCCCUAGACCGAAUGAUCAUUGCGACGGCCAUCCCACACAUCACGGAUGAAUUCCACUCCAUCGAGGACAUUGGCUGGUACGGCGGCGCCUACAUGCUGACGUGCGCGAUCUUCAACCCCCUCUCCGGCCGUGUCUAUCAGCUCUACCCGACGAAAGGGGUGUUUCUCAUCUCUAUUGUCAUCUUCGAGGUUGGCUCUACUGUGUGCGGCGCCGCUCCCAGUUCCAUCGCGUUCAUCAUCGGGCGCGCCAUCGCUGGUAUGGGCGCUGCGGGCAUCUUCAGCGGCGGCAUCAUGAUCAUGGUCCCAAUGGUGCCGCUCCGCAAACGGCCAGUCUUCAAUUCCUUCUUCGGCAUGGCCUUUGGCGUCUCGUCGGUGCUAGGCCCUCUCGUUGGUGGCAGCUUUGCGGACAGCAGCAAACUUACAUGGCGAUGGUGCUUCUACCUCAACCUCCCCAUCGGCGGCUUCACCAUCCUAGCCAUGCUCCUCUUCCUGCACCUCGAAUCCCCGCCCCGCGAGAAACUCUCCAUCUUCGCUCAACUCAAGCUCCUCGACCCCCUCGGCCUCCUCUUCUUCGUCCCCUCCAUGGUCUGCCUGAUCCUCGCGUGCCAAUGGGGUGGCACAACCUACCCCUGGUCUGCGCCCCGAAUCAUCGUCCUCCUCGUCAUUUUCGCCCUCACCUUCAUCCUCUUCCUCGCCGUCGAGGUGUUCACCCCAAAAACAGCCAUGGCGCCCACCCGCGUCGUGCUCAACCGCUCCGUCGCCGGAAGCAUGCUCUUCAUGUUCCUCCUGUCCGGUGCCCUGAUGGCCAUCGUCUACUACCUCGCCAUUUGGUUCCAAGCCGCACAGGGCCACUCGGCCAUGGAAGCCGGCAUCCGCACUACGCCACUCGUCCUCUCCCUCGUCGUCUUCGGCAUCGCCGCCGCCCUCGUCACCGAGAAGCUCGGCUACUACGUCCCCGUCAUGCUGUGCGCGCCCCUGCUGUGCGCCGUCGGCGCCGGCAUGCUGUCCACGCUCACGCCGCGCGCCGGCAGCGCGCAGUGGAUCGGCUACCAGGUCAUCUACGGCAUGGGCAUCGGGUGCGGGUUCUCGAUCGCGAACCUCGGGCCGCAGGUCGCCCUGCCGCGCGCCGACGUGCCGCUCGGCAUGGCGCUGAUGUUCUUCAUGCAGCAGCUCGGCGGCGCCGUGUUUCUCGCCGUCUCGCAGAACAUGUUCUCGCAUGAGCUGGUGAAGGCGCUGGAUGGGAUUGCGGGGCUGGAUACGCAGGCGAUUGUUAACACGGGCGCGACGGCGCUGAAGAAUGUGGUGCCGCCGGGGGAGCUGGGGACGGUGGUGCGGGCGUAUAACUAUGCGUUGACGAGGGUGUUUAUUUUGAGUGCGGGGCUGAGUGCGAGUAUGAUUGUUGGGGCGUUGAUGGUGGAGUGGAAGAGUGUUAAGGCGGAAAAGAGCAGGGAGAAGAAGGAGAAGAAGGAGAAGGAGAAUAAGGAGGCUGGGGAGGGAAAGAGGAGGGCUAGCAUAGGAGAAGAAAAAUCGGGAGGGACUGGAGAGAAGGAGGUGUCACAGUAGUGGGAAAUGAGGGUUUUUAGAGAUUUGAUAUCAUUCUGGCGAUAGGUCGUUUUACAAGGGAUAGAGAUUGGAGUGUUAAUAAUGUAUUAUACUGUACUGUAUAUAGAAUUGCUUUGAAGCAAUAAAAGACUGGGG